AUGAAUGGGACGACUUCACCAGCAGUUGAAGGAGGCGCUUCAGCAGGGGGCAUUCAGAAGCCUUUACAACAGGAUGCAGAUCUGGUUGACCAGGAGGAGCAGGAAGUGGAGAAGGAUCUGGAGUCAGCUCUGCAACGCCUGCCUUUGCGCAAUCCGAUGUAUAUUGCGUCACUGCUUAAUCCAGUUGAUGAGGAGCUGACGGUGCAUGCGGACUUAAGCGACGCCGAGAUCAUCAACUUCGUCCAAAAUGCUAUGGAGGAGGAGGAAGGAGAAGCUGAGGAGGAGGUGGUGACACAUUCCUUAGGUGAGAAGAUCGCUGCAUUCGCUUUGUCCAUUUCCCCAUUUGAUCUCUCCCAGGAUCGAGACCGCGCCGCCCACCGUGCUCUUUGUCGGAUUCAAACCCAACUUCGUAGUGCUACACAAUCCAAAUUACACUAG